AUGAUUGCGUCGUCGAUUGCUGUGUCACUGCUGGCAGCUGCUGCGUCCGCGCAACAGCUGUCCUCGAAUCUUACCCAGGUCAAGGAUUUCGGCCCCAAUCCCAGGAAUGUAUCGUUCUACAUCUACGUUCCCAAAACUCUCCCACCGAAGCCACCGAUCCUUGUUGCGCCUCACUGGUGUCACGGAACUGCGCAACAGGUCUUCGACUACCGAUCGUGGGCAUCGGCUGGUGACCAGUAUGGCUUCAUUACGAUCUACCCAAACACUUCGAACUUUGCGGACCAAUGUUGGGACGUGAGCAGCAAUGCUACGUUGACACAUAACGGUGGAGGUGACUCGCUGGGAAUUGUGAGCAUGGUAAAAUGGGCACUGAAGAAAUAUGGUGGUGACAAGGAUCGCGUGUUCGUUACUGGGACAAGUUCGGGCGCAAUGAUGACAAACGUGUUAGUAGGCGCCUAUCCGGACGUUUUCGCCGCCGGAAGCGCUUGGGCAGGAGUUGCGUUUGGUUGUUUUGCUGGUGACGGCUUCGACGUAUGGAGUGACGGCUGUGCGACCGGUAAGGUGAUCAAGACCGGAGCCGAGUGGGCCGAAAUCGUCAAGAAGGCAUAUCCUGGCUACCACGGGUUCCGUCCGAAGCUGCAGGUACUUCACGGCACAGUGGACACGGUCUUGUAUCCGCAGAACUUGCAGGAGGAGAUCAAGCAAUGGACGAGUGUUUUCGGGUACAAUCCGACGCGUAAUGAAACCACACCAAACACACCGCUUGAAGGAUGGACUAGGUACCGAUACGGGCCGAAAUUCGAGGCGUACUCAGCGGCAGGCAUCGACCACAACAUCCCCAAUCAGGACGACCUGGUGUUAGAAUAUUUUGACCUGGUAAGUGGCCAUGUGAUGGAAGACCAGCUGCGGCAGUCGCUAACAGUGCCUUACUCGUAG